UUCCAAGGGGCCAUCCAAGGAAACCCGAUGCAACCCUUCCCCAUGCCUCCCAGACAGCACCAACGGGCCGCUGAAUGGAUGCCAAGAAGGGAAGAUCUCAAGCUAGAAUACGGAGGGGAAUCAGAUGAACUGAACUUUUUUCUAAUUAGCAUCAGAGGAUACAUGGAAGACAACGCACACACAUUUCCCUCCGAAGCAAGCAGGGUUCGAGCCAUCGGCAACACACUAAAGCGAGGAGCGGCCAGCUGGUAUGUGCAAUUACAUGCCAGACGCGACCCAUGCCUGAGGUCGGUGCCCCGCUUCCUCGCCGCACUGGAAAACCGGUUCAGAGACCGGCUAGAGCAAUUGAGGGCUCGAGACCAGCUGAAAGGAAUAAAACAGAGGGACAAAACGGUGCCCGAGUACGCAGAGGAAUUCCUCCACCUCGCGGAAAGGGUACCGGAGUGGUCUGAAGUGACCAAAGUGGAAUUAUUUAAAGGGGGACUACGCCCCGAGAUUUUCAGCUGGGCAGCGCACAGAGACGACCCCGAAACGAUCCAGGGAUGGAUUCAACUAGCGGGGCGCGUUGAAUCCACCCUGGCCCAAGUAAAGCGCUUCAGGAGCAGCGGCGGCCAGCAAAGACCGGUGGCGAGAGGUCGAGGAGAGACGAGGAAGCAGGAAAGGCCCGGAGGGAGGCCGGGGAUUCCCUCCAGAGGAGAUGACAACAAACCUAAACCGGGAUGCUUUGUGUGUGGGAAGACGGGCCAUCGAGCGGCAGAAUGCUGGGCCCGGAAGGGGGAGCCGCCAAAACCCUCAAAGCCCAAACCUGCAACCGGGAGGCGUGCGGAGGAGGAGGUGCAAGCCCCAGAACCCUCAGAAAAAUUGAUUUGUGACGAAGAAAGAACCGAAGAGGAGGGCGAAGAAAAGGAGGGCACCAUGUCAUGGAACCCAGUUACAGAGCUUUGGCAAUUCAGCUCUGCAACUGGGAGUCAUAACAUAAACAAGCACCUGGCAGAAGAAGAUAGAAUACGCCUGGGAACUGGGAACCGAAAGUGUAAACAACUAUAAUUGGUUUAGUGUGUGAAAAUGGUAGUAAUGUGAUAUUGGAGGUGGGGCUUGAUGAUGAUAUUUACGUGUGGUAUUACGUAGCAUCAAAAGUUAUAAAAAUAGUUGUAUGUAAACAUUAAGUCAUUCUUGACUUUUCCAAAGUCAUGUAUUCUUCAAUAAAGAUUGUGUUUGAGAGCA